AAAAAUUCAAUCUAAACAGUUAAAUAAACUUAAAUUCAGUGAAAAUAUUACACAAAAGUGUUUAAAAUCAAGUGAUUAUUUGAAUAUUUCGAGAUUCAAAAUAUCUAUUGUGAAAUAAUUGACAAUUCGAAGAGUUUGAUGGCGUAAUGCCUAAAAACAAGAAAAUCAAGAAUAAAAGAGUGAAUUCAGUGCUAAAUAGAUACCAGAAGUCAAAAUAUCAGCGCAGUGAAGAGAUUGAUAAACAGAGAUUUCAUCAGUGUGAAGAAAAAUCCACGAUGAGUGAUAGAGAAAUGGAUGAAGAUGGAAUACUGGUUCCUGACGACGACAUGCGGCAAGAAAGAAAUCAGCAAAUCAAAAUGGCGGAUGAUAUCACCAUCUCUUCUGCUCAGUUAGAGGAUAUAAUUGGUGUUUCUUCUACCAGCCAACAGAUGACGCCAAACGAUCCAAAGUCAAAAACUGAGUCUCCACUCAAAUAUCAGUUGAACGACAAAGGACCAUUCUUCAUAAUAAUGAAACACGAAGAACUGCGUUAUACUGAGAUUGCUAAAAUCGUAUUGAUCAGCGUUGGGAGACCUAAAAUUGACCAAAUCAUUAAACUCGAUGAUCACAGUGUGAAGGUGAAACUAAAGGACGCUGAUUCUGCAAACAAGAUUCUUAAAAGUCAGAGUUUGGCCAGACUUCAAAAUGUGAAUGUUUCUAUCCCACCAAUGUACCUAAAUUCAAUUGGUAUAAUUGACAACGUGGCUAUAACACACACAACAGAGGAAAUUCUUGAAGCCUUGGACAGUGACAACCAAAUCACAAAGAUUGAAAGAAUGACUAAGUGGGAUCCAGUUUACAAAAAAGCAACACCGAUGGAACAAAUCAAAAUCCACUUCAGGUGUUUUACACUUCCCAGAACAGUGAAGCUAUUCAUGAUCAACUUCAGGGUAAGAUUCUUCUUUCCCAGGCCAACUUAUUGUGUCAAAUGCUUAAGUUAUGGUCACUACAAAAAAAUUUGCCGACAAAAGCCAAAAUGUGGUAUCUGCACAAAGGAAACUGAAGGACAACAUGAAUGUGAGCAAUUCUGUAAGUUUUGUGAAACCACGGAUCAUCAAACAAAUGACAGAACCUGCAAAGAAAGAAUCAGACAAGCGGAACUAACCAAAAUCAUGAUCAAGGAGAAGAUGACCUACAAGGAAGCAGUUCAAGCUUUAAAAGAAGGAGAGAAGAAUACAACAGCGUUUCCCAGACUCCCAAGGAUUGACUUGAGUGAAGAAUACGCAAAAUUGAAGGAAUUAUCACAAAAAACGGCAGAUUUGCAGACCCAAUUGGACAACAUGAAGCUGCAAAAUGACAAAGUGAAACAGGUGCUCCGAGAGAUCUGUACCCUGGCUACUGCAGAGGAGAGCCAAAAAAAUCAUACACUCAUGAUGAGAAGGUUGCUGACAAUUCUUGAAGAAAAUCAAGAUAUUUUGGAUUAAUGAUGAUUAAGUUAUGUCAGUGAAACAUGGACUAAAGAUGAAAUAAGGCUGAAAUUAUCAGGAUUUCAAUUAUUUUUAAACAACAGAGAACUUGGGCAUGGAGGGGUGGGUUGCGCAGUUAGAUACGGAAUCUGCGCAAAAGUUCUUAAUAACAUUAAUUAUAAUCCUAUAGAAGUAUUAAAAGUAAAAAUCACUAUAGCAAAUGAAACGUAUUAUUUAAUUUCAAUAUAUAUUCCUCCAGAUACUAACAUAACUAUUGUUAAAGAGAAAUUACAAAUCCUAAUUAAUGAAUUUAAUGAAACAGAUAAUGUUAUAUUAGGAGGUGACUUCAAUGCUCACCAUGAGUUAUGGGAAUAUAAUUCAAAAAAUGACCAAAGAGGUUUAUUGAUUUCUGAAUUGAUAACAGAUUCGAAUUUUAUUUGUUUAAAUGACGGUACCCAUACAUUUAGAAAUUUACACCGAAAUUUAAGUUCCGCAAUUGAUCUAACUUUUAUAUCACAAAACUUGAUAAAUAAUAUUAGUUGGACAGUUGAUCAAAAUAUUUUAUUAGCAGAUCAUUAUGCAAUUUCAAUAAAUAUUAUAACUAGUGAUAGAAUUUAUUCUAAUAACAUAAGAGAUAAAAUGAAUUUAAAGCAGAUUGAAAAAGAAAUCAGAACUUUAAAAAUACAAGAAGAUGAAAAUAUUGAAGACAUUGAAUUUAAAAUUAAAAACAUUAUCAAAGCUAAUACUAUAAAAAUAGAUACUGAAAAUAAUAAAUACGUUCCUAAACCUUGGUGGUCAAGUAAAUUAGAAAGGCUGUGGAAAAUUAAAAAAGCUAAAUUAAAAUUAUAUAAUAAAACCAAAGAUUUCUUUACACUUAUUGAACUUAAGAAAAUUACAUGCAAAUUUAAAAUAGA